CAUAAGGAUGACUGCCUCUAUAUUUUUCAGUCAACGGCAUAUGCAUGUUGGGAAAGGCAAAAUUAGACCGAAAUAAUAGCACAAUUGCGAUCACGGUAGAGGUGGGAAGACGGGAAGUCGUGCCGAUGGAGACGUCGUUGUACUCUGCGAAUGGUUUGGUUUGUCUGUUGAAAUUUUUUGGUUGAAAGAAAAGCGGGAAGAAUGGCGUUUGUUAAAUGGAUACUCGAAGUACCGCGGAGGUUAUUUCUCGCGAAUAGUAUCGCCGUCAAACGCAGUGUACACAGCUGUGCCAGGAUAUCCGAAACAAACGUAUCCGAUGCGGUAGGAACACGGAGAAUAAUUAAGGGCUGGGUCAAAGCACUGCGAAACAUGAAGGACAACGUGUUUAUCGAUGUUUCGGACGGCUCGUGCAGCGAGCACUUGCAAAUCGUAAUACCGAAAUCAAUUAAGCCGAGUAACUUGACCUAUGGAAGCAGCGUCUCAGUCGAGGGUGAUAUAGCAAUGGGACCAAAUGGGAGAGUAGAGUUAAGAGCGGAAACUAUCUCAGUUGUUGGGGAAUGCGUUGUUUCAGAUGGUUAUCCGUUCAUGCCUAGGAAAAAAUAUCCGCAAGAAUACAUUAGGCAGUAUUUGCAUAUGAGACCGAGGACAAAUGGCUUUGGGAGCCUGCUGAGGAUACGAGAUUUGGCCACUGUGGCUAUAGGAGAUCACCUUAGAAGUCGAGGAUUUGUCGGAGUCCAUACACCAGUUUUAACUUCUAACGACUGUGAAGGUGCGGGGGAAGUGUUCACAGUGAGACCAGCAAGCGAGGGGCUUAUGAAAUCUAUGAAAAAGGAAGGCGUUUCAGACGAUGAGGCUUACUUCAACACUAAAGUAUUUCUCACGGUUUCUGGUCAGCUACAGUUGGAAUCUGUAGUAAGAGGCUUGUCCAAGGUUUUCUGUUUUGGUCCGACUUUUAGAGCAGAGAAUUCAAAGUCUCGAUUACACCUGUCCGAGUUUUACAUGAUCGAAGCUGAGAUAGCUUUCGCUAGGAAUAUUGAGGAGCUAGCUCAAGAAGCUGAAUUGUUGUUGAAAAGUGUGACUAAUUAUGUCAUCGACAAGGGGGGCUCAGACCUUCGUAUUCAUGGUGCGCCAGAGCCAGAUUGGCUUGAUAAAACUUUUCACAUAAUCAGCUACGAUGAAGCUGUAAAAAUAUUGGAGGAGAAUAUAGGUCAAUUAAGUUCGCCCAUUAAGUACGGAGAGAGCCUUUCAAAAGACCAUGAACUAUUUCUAGUACAACAUACCAACGGAGUACCCGUAUUCAUUGUUGACUUUCCAAAAGAAAGCAAGCCCUUUUAUAUGAAAGAAGCUCCCCACGACCCGACAAAGGCGGCGGCAAUGGACCUCUUGAUGCCUAUCGUUGGGGAAUUGAUAGGAGGCAGUAUGCGUGAGGAUAACUACGACGUGUUGAAGUCAAAGUUAUCUUCGCUUACCCCAAACCUAGAUUGGUACUUAGAACUUCGUAAAUAUGGAAAUGUUCCCUCCGGAGGUUUCGGAAUGGGUUUCGAACGUUAUUUGCAAACCAUAAUGGGCAUACCAAAUAUCAAAGAUACUAUUCCGUUUCCUAGAUGGCCUCACAAUUGCAAAUUUUGAAUAAAGAUCUGCUCUAGACUGAGUUCGAUUACUUUUUUUUGUUCAAACGUACCACUGCAGUUAGUAUUAAUCAGAUCAAGACCAGAGAUGGUUGAAAACAUUCAAUGCUUUCAAGUAUAAAGCUCUAUUCUUUCAAUCAUCGCACAAAGUUUGCAGUAAUUGCUAUUUAAAUUGCAGCAAAUUGGGAAAUGGGUUUAAAAUCAACAAUCGAUAUAGGUGGAUUUUAUUCUUUAUUAUUAUUCGAUUAAAUACCGUGAUGAAAUUUAACAAAACACCAUCAAGUUUUGCAAUAAUUAAUUUUUUAUUCGCACGAAUAAUUCAUUCAAUGAUAAUCAUGAUCCAACGAAGUAAGUGAGCUUCCUCGGGCAGCGUCAAUGGGUAGAAUAUAUAUUUAUUAGGGUGAUUAAUAACGAAUAAGAGAAAAAAAAAGUCAAGACCCCGUGUAACCAACAAGUAGUUUCAUCUUUUUUUUCUUUUUCAUUUUCUUUUCUUUUUUCUUUUUUACAACAAAAUAACGAUUUUCUCUUCUCUUCGAUGGAAGUUUCUUAUUUCAUGAAUCGCAUUAUGAUAUCCUAUAUAUACAAUAAAAUAGAUAAUUAUUAUAUCACACAUUUUGUACAGUUUUAAACAUUUGUGAUUCACAACAACACUCGUUUCACAUUUUCGUCACCUCAUAAUAUAUGUCACUCAUAUUUUGUAUAAUUGAGUAUACAGGAAAGUAAAGAAAAAGAAAUCAUUGUGUUGAACGCUAACAACCCAGCCCCCAAAAUUGUUUUCAGCCCAUUUGUUUUCUUCUUCGUCUCUUUCUACCACCCUUUUUCAACAAAUUUUUGUUUUUCUUUUUUACAACAAAGUACAAACAAUACGAAAUGGUAUUCAAGUUUUUGUGCUCAUCGUUGUUUUCAUCUUGUUUCUUCUUAUUUUUUUCUUGUUCGCCUAUUCGAUGACCUGUUGACCACUUGUCAUGGAAAACGAAUACACACGAGAUAAUACAAGGAAUGCUAAAUACAUCUUAAGCUUACCCCUUAACUCGUUAAUAUAGUAAUACAUUUAUAAAUAUAUACACAUCACAAACUUCUCUCGUUAUUAUAAUUAUAAUAGUAAUAAUAAUAAUAAUCCACACGCUUGCACUCUUUCCACUAAACAAUUGUUUGGAGCAUAACACAUAUAACUUGUAUGAAAUGAUCGUUAAAGGUUA